AUGACCCCAACAUCCUCCCCGUUUGUAGAAGAGUUGUUCAUGGAAGAAAUCCCAAAGGUUAGGCUGCCAACACACAUAACAUACAACGGAACAACGGAUCCGAGGGACCACGUCAUCUCCUACGAGCAACAGAUGUUCUUGAGCCUCCAUUCCGAAGCUUGUUGGUGUAAGUACUACCCAACCACGCUAACCGGAGUGGUAGGAGAAUGGUUCAGAACGCUGCCGAAAGGAUCGAUCGAUAGUUUCAUAGAUCUAAGCGAGAAAUUCUGUGUACAAUUCGUGAGAAGCAAUCGCCCCGAGCGAACCACCGCCGAACUGACUGCUAUUCAGCAGGAGAGGGGCGAAAGCCUCCUAGACUUCAUGGACAGAACCGAAGAGUUCAACAAAGCUGCUGCAAAAUUGAAAAGUUCCUCGGAGCCGAGGGAUACAAAAACAAAUCAGAGCAAGCCUGAGGGCAGCUCAAGAAAGGGGAAAGAGAAACAGGGUGCCAGAGAUGGAAGCCCGAAGAAAGAAGGCCUCCACAAGAAUGAUGAGAAAUGGAAAUUGCUAGGAAAACUCAGAUCCAACCCCCUUCAUAGGAACAAGAACAAGUGGUUCGAGUUCCAAGAUGAAAUCGGCCAUAACACCGAAGAGUGUAAUCAGCUGAAGGAUAACAUCAAGGAUCUCGUCCGCCGAGGCUACCUUAAACAGUACUUGGCCGACCAAAGGGAGGAAAAGGAAAAAGCUCGAAAUUGCAAGCCACAGGAGCAGCCCCAAAAGAGGAUCUACGAAGCCACAUGGCACAAAAAGAACGACAUCUUGGAGGUGUUCGGGGGGCAGAGGUCCAACCAUGCCAGUAAGAAACAUUUAAGAGCACUCUCCCACCAAGUCAACUUCAACGCUGUAGGGGAGAAGGAACCCCAUCCUCCAAACAUGACCUUCACUGCUGAUGAUUGCCUCGGAGUCCAAUACGAACACGAGGAUCCACUGGUAAUAUCCAUGGAUCUAAACAACCACAAUGUUCAUAGAGUAUUGGUCGACGUUGGAAGCGUCGUGAACAUAAUCUUCAGAAACUGCUUUGAGCAGUUGAUCCUCGAGGAAGGAGAAGAGUCGCUAACGAAGUUCAGCUACCCACUGAUCGGAUUCAAUGGCUCCGCAGCAGUUCCCCGAGGAAAUAUCACCCUACCAGUCACAGCUUGCCAAGGCCAAGCGGCAAGGAAUGUCCGAGAAGAAUUCUUAGUGAUUGAUUGCGAUUUAGUGUACAACGCCAUCAUGGGACGAACCAUGAUCCACAAAAUGCAAGCAAUCCCAUCCACGUACCAUCAAAUGAUGAUAUACGUCUCGGACACAGGCUUCGCCUAG